ACCUAAAUUCAAAAACUUAGGGUUUGAAAAUUCAAAAAGCCAUCUCCCUAAUCACGUGACUAGCACUCCCCAAUCAAUCAAGGGCCAAAUUCAAAGCAAGUUAAUCCAACGGCUGAGAUAGCCGCGUCAGGUUAAAGCUAACAUUGAACUAUUUCGGUUGAAUAUAUAUACACUUUCAAAUUAGGUUAGGGUCUCUCUCUCUCUCACUCAAACCACAAUCACAGCAGCAGCAGCAGCUUUCUAUAUAUACAGCAUGGCUCUGCCGAAUCAGCAAACUGUUGAUUACCCGAGUUUCAAGCUUGUAAUUGUCGGUGAUGGCGGAACUGGAAAAACUACUUUUGUGAAGAGACACUUGACCGGAGAAUUUGAGAAGAAAUAUGAACCAACCAUUGGUGUUGAGGUUCAUCCCUUGGAUUUCUUCACCAAUUGUGGAAAGAUUCGGUUUUACUGCUGGGACACAGCUGGACAGGAGAAAUUCGGUGGUCUUCGUGAUGGAUAUUAUAUUCAUGGUCAAUGUGCCAUUAUCAUGUUUGAUGUGACCGCAAGAUUGACUUACAAGAAUGUUCCCACAUGGCAUCGUGAUCUUUGCCGUGUGUGUGAAAACAUCCCAAUUGUGCUGUGCGGUAACAAGGUUGAUGUAAAGAACCGUCAAGUGAAGGCGAAACAGGUUACUUUCCAUAGAAAGAAGAACCUGCAGUAUUAUGAGAUCUCAGCCAAGAGCAAUUACAACUUUGAGAAGCCUUUUCUUUAUCUCGCCCGGAAACUUGCUGGAGACCCCAAUUUGCAUUUUGUCGAGUCUCCUGCCCUUGCUCCUCCAGAAGUGCAAAUAGACAUGGCCGCACAACAACAGCAUGAAGCAGAGCUUGCUGCAGCUGCUAGCCAGCCGCUUCCAGAUGACGACGAUGAUGCUUUUGAAUAGGGUCCAAAAGUUGAAGCGGAUUUUUAUGAGGGUUUGUGUCUGUUGAGUUUUGGAUUGUUGAAUGGUUUUAUUAUAAACUUUUGGUAGGAAGGAUGCAGUGAGGUUUGUGUUUGUAUUUGGUGUUGUGAAGCAAUGUUUGGGUGUUGAGUUUUAACAGCUCCCAAUAUCUUCUUCUUCAUUAUGUUAUUGUCAUACAUUUCUAUGUCAUUCUCGAUUGAUUGAAUCA